UCUCGGAGGAAGCAGCCCGGCGGGGUUUCUGCCUGCCCGGCGGAGCGGAGGCGGCAGAGCUGUGGCUCCAUCAUGAGUCUCGGGGCUGCGGCCCCCGGGAGAGAGGUGCUGCUGCUGCUGCUGCCGCUGCUGCCCCGGGAGAGGAGCCGCCGCGGGCCCGGCCGGCGGCCGCUGGGGCCGGGGAGGACCCGCCGGUGGAGCGAUGCAGGAAGCCAUUGUGAUCACCGAGCAGCCAGUCUCCGUCUCCGUCCCCGUGGGAUACUCCUUCACCCUGCGGUGCAGAGCUGAGGGGCGCACGUCGCUGCAGUACCAGUGGUUUUGUCAGCACCAGUCUGUCUGCCGCCAGAUUCCUGGUGCCACCAAGCAAGACUUGCCCGUCACUGCACAGCAGACCCAACUCUACACCUGCAGAAUCAAUGACCACUACAGAAAUGCCAUCUUCUCUGACUGGGUAAAGGUGGAGGUCCACCAGUGUGUCGCCAGAGGACUGCCCCCUCGGCUCUGGCAAGGAGAACCAGUCAUCGUCCUCAACCCCACUGAGCAGAGGGUGGAAGUGGGGAAGCCGCUACAGCUGCAGUGUGCUGCCAUGGGGGUCCCAGCCCCCAGCUACCAGUGGUACCGGAAUGGGAACCUCCUGGAACACCAGAAGAAAAAAAAACUCUGGAUCACCCACACAAAGGUCAGUGAUGCUGGCACGUACCUCUGCUGUGCCUCCAAUAGCCACGGAGAGCACUGGACCAAUGCCGUGGAUGUUCACAUAGGCACAUGUCGCUCUGAAAAGUUUUUUGCUACAGGCAAGAUAGCGCUUUUAGUGGGCAACAACCGCUACCAGCACCAUCCCAGCCUCAUGGCUCCUGUCACAGAUGUGUUUGAGCUGAGUCUUCUUCUGGAGCAGCUGGGCUUCCAGGUUGUCUCCCUUCUGGAUCUGAACAAGACUGAGAUGGUGACAGCAGUCAGUCAGUUCCUGCAGCUCCUGGGGAAGGGAGUCUACGCUAUAUUCUACUACGCCGGGCAUGGGUACGAACAUUCAGGGAGGAACUACAUGGUCCCCAUUGAUGCUCCACAACCUUACGCCCCUGAGAACUGCAUCAGCGUGCAGAGGAUCCUUCAGAAGAUGCAGCAGCAGAAGACGGCCCUGAACCUCAUCCUGCUGGACACUUGCAGGAAAUGGUACAACCCGGACUGUGCCCUCUCCCAGGUGCAGCCCCUGGAGCCCUGGGGCAACACCGUUUAUGGCUACGCCACGAGCGAAGAUGCAGAAGCCUAUGAGUUGCAAGAUGGGGAGUUCAGCUCUGGGAUCUUCAUGAAAUAUCUGAAGAAACAUAUUCUGCAAGAGAAGAAGGUUACGCACAUGCUGGAGGAUGUGUUAGAAGACAUUGGCCGGGAUCCUUUGGUCACUGGGAAGCAGGUGAUGGAGAUCAAACACACACUGAAGGACGCCCGGUCCCUGACAGACCCGAUCUGUCCCUUGGGAGCAGCUGUCGAGCGCUGGGGACGCAGCCGUGAGCCGCUGAGCAAAGUGAUGACCUUCCCCUGCGGAGCACGGGUGGAGCUCCGCUUCCACCGGCUCUUCUCCAACGUCAUCUAUGUGUGUGCCAAGCUGCAGCCCCCGCCUGCCCACGUCGCCGACAUCCGCCUCCUGCUCUGCCAGCCCACUGAGAUGGGCGAUGUGACCAUCCUGAAAGAGAGCCGCCUGCAGCAAGUGCAGUCUCUGCUCGCCUCUGUAUACAAGCGGGAGGAGCUGGACUGCGUCUUCCAGCUCUGUGGACUACAAAAAAUCCAGACUGACAUGGUCCUGCAGUUGAAUUUGCAUUACACCCAGCUGAGCACGAAGCAGAGGACUUGUGAAAGCCUGCAAACAACCCUCCAGAAAUCUCUGCUAGGGCAGUUUUGCAGCCAGAGGAAUUACUCUCCGCCAGAGAACUACCAGAGAACUCCUGCCUACGCAGGCAGCGUGUGCCUCCAGGAUGCGUUGGUGCUGAGCACGGACCCAAAGGGGCAGGCAUCUCUGAGGACAGGCUCUGGCCACAGCUUGCCCAGCAGCAACCCCUCCAACUCCAGCAGCGAGCCGGAGGAGAAUGAUGAGAGCGACCUGGGCGAGCUCUGCUCAGCACUGCUCCGGGCUGGCCCGGGGCAGGACUCCCCCUGACCCCCGCAGGCUGGCGUGCUCAGCCUUGGGAACUGCUGUUUUUAAGAGAGGCAGCAGUUACUUGAGUGCUAAAUACAUCUGAAUCCAUCAGCUGCUUUCCAGAUUCGGCGAUCGCCCCGGCCAAAUGAGGCCAAAUCUGCCUUUUUGGAAAGUCUUCUCCCAUCUGCACCCGGUGGCACGCGGGGCCUGAGGCCCGCUGGAAGUAGCCCCGGCGCAGUAGGGACCAGCAAGGAGUAGUUGUUGUGUCUGGCAGAGGACAGGGCCACCCGACGAGUCAUAACAUCGCCGGGCGAAACCCAACGUCGCUUAAAGUCAAGGGCACUGCCUGAUGUUUUCUGCAAAUUAGGCUUUGCCUGGAAGCAAACGUUACAGCAUUAGAUGUGAUGAGAACCCCCUAAACACUACAGACCCGUGCUAUAGCAGUGACAAGGCCUCAGAACCCAGCUACGACUGCUGACUCUCAUCGCACUUGUGCAAGGGACACAAGGCUUGACCAAGGGAGCCAGAGGGAACUGUGUGAAUGUAUAAGCUCUUCCCUGGGGUUGCAGUGUGGUUUCCUUCCCUUGCAAGUCCUGCCUGUGUCAAAGCAGGUUUUAAGCUAUGCAUUUAUGUAUUUCUGAAGAAUGUAUUUAUAAUUGGGGCAAGACAAUUGCUUGCCAGGAAAAGGAAGGUCAGAUGUUCUGUCAAGUGUGCGUUUACAAUGGAGGCUGGUUUUUCAUCAGCCACAGGCACGGGACAGGUAUACUUACACAUGCCCUUCUAGUGUGGUACACAGUGGCAUUAAAGGGUGUUAACUCCUGUGUAGUCCUGAGUUCCUCUCAGAUGCAGAAUUUCCUACAUGUGAGAGGUGGAAAAGACCAAGGAGGAGGAGAAAGAACUUCAAAAAAUUUAUUAUUAGUGCAAAUUUGUUUUUUUUUCUGAGUGCCUGUCUGUGCGUUCACUGUGGGCAACCUCAAGCACUACCUUUCAUGGAGAACCAGCUGUCCAGAGAGAGCCACAGAUGAGCAGGGCCCAAAGGGUAACACGAGUGGGCAGUGUCCCCUCCCUUCCUGCUCCUCUAAUAUUUGUUUGCUAAAGGUUUCAGCAUAGCUCCAGGUGAUUGCUCAGCAAGGGCCUGGGAGGGUGAUCAAAUAGUUCAACAGGGGCCAGUGACCCCAGUGAAGUGUGGGAUCGUCAUCCUUGGAGGACAGUUGGCUAUGGACUGGAGAAGGUGCUGAUGAACUGAUCCAAGCUGGCAGGGUGCUGGAUCAGAGACUGCCAGAGGUCCCUUCUGGCUGUUGUGGUCCUGUGAAAGAAAGAACUUGGAGAUCAAAGGCUUCCUGAGAAGUUAAGGAUGGCGAGGUGGGGAGAGUGUCCAAGCUCUGUCUUCUGUCUUGGUCUAAAUGAGGGAUGGAGAGAGCAUUUUCUAAGUUUUGGUUCUCCUUCAGCAGUGAAGAUACUUGCAUCUCCAUCUAUGGUGUCUGUUGCAACAUGGAAAAAUAUGAAAUGUUCCUUCCAGAUAAACCAUGCUACAAGUGCUGGAAACCUGUCCAAAGAGAACAGAGGAGGCUUUUAUUCUCCUGACAGUGAGUAGAGCCAAGGGAAAGAAGAGAGGCCCCAUCUGGCUGAAGUCUAGAAAGUCUCCUAGGAAAAAAUGUAAAGCUCAGAAAAAAAAAAAUGCAGGAUGUUGUUUAAAUAAGAUGGACUGAUAGAGAAGCUAAACCAUAAAAUAAUACAUUAGUUGAAAGGAGAACCAAAGAUCAGCUCAACACCAGCAGAAACUUGGGUCAGGUCAGUGUGAAUGGCUGUGCAGGCAUUUGGGAGUCUCCCAAAGCAUUGGGAGCAGGGAGUCUGGUUGCCUCUAUGAGGAUUAUGCACACUCUCCUAUACUGUUGGGGCAAAAUGUGUGUUUCUGGCUCACAUAAUGAUGGCAAAUGUCAUCUCCCAUGAAUGUUAAUCUCCUUCAAAGUGAGGCUGUUUAUUUUUUUCUGAGUAAAACACUAUAGGUGUUUUUGAACAAACAAAGCUUCAUGUGGCGCUGA